AUAGGCUAGUUUCGCUUUAUUAUGUUGUCGUUCUGAUGAAUUCAUAGACAAAAUGCCAAAAAUACUGGGCUCAUGCUGGGCUCUGUGACAAAAAGUGACGCAUGUGUGACAUUUGUAUACCGUCAAAAGUGUCAACUGUCAGGAGGAUAGGUUGGAUCAUUUGGAUAUUAUCGUUCGGAGUUUUGUUUAUAACUUAAUUAAAAAUGGAAACAGGAAGAAAAGUGGCUAAAAAGAGAGAAAGAAGUGAGAAUUGGUUAAGUGAAGACAAGUAUUUAUUAAUGGAGUUGGUCAGGGAGAGGGUGGCUGUGAUUGAAAACAAAAACACGGACACUAACACUAAUUCCAAAAAGCAGGCAGCGUGGGCAGAUUUGUUAAAUAGUUUUAACAGUAUGUGUAAGGGGAGCAAACGUAUCCUUCCACAGCUAAAAUCACAAUGGGGCAUCAUUAAGAUGCACGAAAAACGAUUAAAAUCAUUAGAGCGGAAGCAAAUCAUUGCUACAGGUGGCGGCCCACCGCCACAGUUGGACCCUCUAAAGAGUGAAGACAUCAGUGCAUGGCUUCCCAAUGAAUUUGUGAUUGACACAAAUGAAUUUGAUUCUGAUCAAAUCAAUCAGGUCAAGGUUGGAGGGCUGUCACCAGAUGAAAUCAUCUUAGAGGUACAUCAGGAGGAUGGAAUUACAGAAGAGGUCCUACCUCAUACUACUCCUCCUACUAAUCAUGAGAUGAGCAAAAUAAAUCAAGAAAAUGAGAACAAGAUCCUACCUAUAACUAAUGAGAAUGACCAGCGGAAAAAAGAAGGAAAUGAGAACAAGGUUGAGUCUGCACUGACCAAUCGUUUAAUAAGAAAAAAGAAGAAUAAAAAAAAAGAAAAUGAGAACAAGACAUCUGCUGCUGCAAAUGCCAUCGCAAGCGUGGAAAUCGAUUGCAGGAGAGAGCUCCACAGAGCUCAAAUGGAUAAUGAGAAAAGGAUAGCUCGAAAUUUAGAUUUAGAAGAAAUUUUGAUUAAAAAAAAAAAUUGAAUAUUAUGAAAAAAAUAAAUAAAAUGCUUUAAAAUAA